AGAACAAAUUUCAUUUCACUGCAUUUCUCGCUAGCAUUUGAUAAUGAAGUUUAAUUAACUGUUUACGUUCGCAUUGACACAUUGCUUGCAGAGUUUCUUAGCCUUCGAAAGAUUUUAUCAAAUCUUAUUGCUGGCGUUGACAUUAGCAACAUUUCUUUAGUUUCCUUCCAAAAUAUAUUUCAUUAUUAAAUUACACAUACACAUACAUACGUCUUGAAUCAAUGAUUUGUAAGAAGUUGUGAAGUAUUUUCACUUGGAACACAUGUUACAACCGAAACUUAUACUUAUAUAUCAUUCUUUGCGCGAUUCCCGCAAUUGUAAACCGCGUCAGCGAAAUUUUUUCUCAACGGCGAACGAACGUAGCGCUCGAAUCGCCAACAUGGCCAGACUGAUGCACAGCUGUUCUCUUCGAUUUCUCGGAACUUUGAAUUGAGAGCCACAUCAUAAAUCGCGCAGCAAGUCGAAACGCCGAGCUGAUACAUUAAAUUCCCAGUAGCCGAAGGACUAAAUCACAAUUACGUCAUUUAAAUAAGAAAACUCUGGAAAAAAAUCGCAAAACCUGCAAAAUCAUCAAGCAAAAUGAAGUGGUUCCAGGGUGGCAUCGCCGAAGCAAUAGCUGCAUCGAAAGCUAAGAAAGCCGUUUUUGUUGUUUUCGUUGAAGGCAAAGAUGAUGUUUCCCAGGAGGUAGCUCGGAGUCUGAAUUCUUCAGAGGUAUCAUCGAAACUAGAAUCAGAAAAAUUUGUUGCUAUAAGACUAGAGAGUGAAUCAGAAAAUUACAGAUUCUUUGCUCAAAUAUAUCAAUUGGUUCCUGUUCCAUCCAUAUUCUUCAUUGGUGAAAGUGGCACACCUUUGGAAAUUAUCGGCAAUGCUCUAUCACCCUCGGACUUGGUAGCAAAGAUUGAUUCCAUUUUGUUGAAAGCAAACCCGCAGUCAACUACUUCAUCAGCAAAUUUAAUUGACGCUGAACAAAAAGCACGUUCCCCUAGUAACAGUCAAGAAACUAAUAAAUCACAAGGUUCAGAGCCUGCGACAUCGAAUCCUACUCAAACUGCAGAAGACUCAAGCAGCAAUGAUGCAACGGCUAAUACAGAACUUACUGCAGAGGAAAGAGCUGCAGCAGAAAUCACACAUGAGGAAAAAUUAAGAAGAGCUAGAGAACUUAUCGAAUUGCAAAAUAAGAAAAGACAAGAAGAAGAGGAACGAAAAGAAAGAGAGAGAGAAAUUGAAAGACGAAAAAUGGGAAGGGACGUUCAAAAAUUGAGACAGCAGCAACAGGAUCGUGAAAUCAGAGAAGCACAGCAAGAAAGAGCAAGGGAGAAAGCUGCUGAAGCUGCUGCUAGAGAGAAGAUAUUGAAACAAAUUGCUGAAGACAAAUUAGAGCGCAAGAGGAAGCAUGAAAUGCAUCUGCAGGAGAAAAAUACUCAGCAAAAGAAAACUGAUGAGGAAGCACAAGCUCGAGCAAAAGCUGCUGCUGCUGCCACUGAUAUGUCAAAAGCUCGAAUCCAGUUUAAAUUGCCAACAGGAAGUCCUAUCACUGGAACAUUUGAUUCAUCAAGUACACUUGGUAGCCUAAGAGCAUACGUCGUUCAAAAUGCUCAAUUGCCAUUCCAACGAUUUUCAAUGUCAGCAUGUUUCCCAAGAAAAGAUUUUACCACUGCUGAUGACAGUAAAACUCUCCUAGAAUUGGAUUUAGUUCCUUCGUCAGUUAUCUUAAUUUUACCAGUCAAAUCCAGUAAUCCCGCAUCUGUAAUCAAAUCUGCUGACGGUGGCGGGAUCUUUUCUCAUUUCAUUUGGACACUUCUAGCACCCGUCGUUAGCAUAUACAAUUAUGUAGUUGGAUACUUUAGCGGCAGGCCGCGCGGAGGUGAUAACAAUAGUGGAAAUGAAGAUCUAAAUCCUGGAAGCUCACUCGGCGGUAAUGCAAGCGCAGCUUUUGGACGACUUGGAAAUAUCGGAGCGAGGAGACUCGGUGGUCAAGGAGCCUCGAAAAUCAGGGCUCGCGGGAACGUCCAUACGCUUCACUCAGGCGAUAACGACAACGACGAAAAUAACACAUGGAACGGUAAUUCAACGCAACAGAUGUAAUAUUUAGUUUUUGACAAAAGAGAAAAAUAAUAGUACAAUCUGUGAAUUUUCUACAAGGAAUAUAAACCAACAAAUUUAUCAUUUCGUCUUAAUUGCAGAACGUUUAUUAUUAUUAUUAUUCUGUAAAUAAUAUUUUAAAUUUAAUUUCGAAUGCUUUCCAGCCGUGAAUGAUUAUCGAGAAUAAUAGUAUGGGAUUUAAGAUUAUCGAACCAACGUUGGGAAUUCUAUAUAACGUCUUUUAUUUUAUUUUAUUUUUGUGAAAUUUUCUGUGUAUAAGCAGGAUUGAAUGGAAUUUUAUUGGUAUUCUGGUGAUGAUGAUUAGUGUCACGAUCUUACUUUUUAAGUUUGAAUUGCUGUAUGUAUUGUAUUUAUUGCAACGAGUUUGAAAGGGUUGAGAAGUGUUGAGGAAAUUGAUAUCAUACACUUAUACAUUAGAGCACAUUAAGCGAGUUGAGCCAAAUCGUGUCUAUCUAGCAGUAGACGCAGAAAAUUUUAACUCAAUAUCUGUAUAAUCACGUUGGCGAAUAAGCUAUAAAUGAAUUUCUUUUCCCACGCUUUUUUAAUGCUGUUCAGCAUCAAGAUACAUAGGCACAGACAAAUAGACGAUUUUCAAUCAAAUGCAUUUUGUGAAUAAGAUGUAAAUUUAUUCUUUAUUGGUGCAAAAUAAAUGAUAUUUAUCAAGGA